GUUUGUUCUGUUCUCAAAGGUCAGAACUCCCAUUUGCCCUUACUGUAUAUAAUCGUGUUCAGAUUCUCAGGCUUCUACCCUCUUCUCAUCCUGUUUCGUUCAUCUCUUCUUUCGUUUCACUUCAUCUGUCUAUAUAUUUACCAUCUUUCUUCGUGAUUUCUAAAUUCCCCUUGCACAAUGGGUUACGAGAACGAUCCCUAUCGCGAUGAAGAUGGCGAGCCGUUGAUGGAUUACGACGACGGAUUUCAAUCCGAUCACGGUGAUGAUAACAACAAUCAACAUCAAAACCUCCUUGAUGACAAUCUCGAUGAUGAAUUGGAAGAUAAUGAUUGGCAGAGUAAUAGGCAGGAACGGUCUCCGACGCCGGUUCACAACGAAUCCGAUUCGAAGUCGAAGCCCCGUAAAAGGUUAAUCAAGAAGAGCACGGCGGAGGAGACCUUGCCGGAUUUCGCGAUUGAUGAUGACGUGGAGGAUGAAAUGGCGAGUUUUGUCAGGGAUGAUUCGGAUAGUGGCGGUGGGAAGAGGAAGAAGUUUUCCAGUGGCGGUGGGAGUAGUAGCAAGAAGAGGGAGAAGAAGUUGAGUGCUUCCAAGUUCUCGGAUAGAGGAGGGAGAUCGAAUGAGAAAGGUGGGUCGAAAUUUAAGGUAAAUAGUAAAAGGGGUGGGCGUUCUGGUGGGGAUGAUGCAGAAGUUAAAGAGAUGUGGGAUACAAUUGCUGGCGGCGAUUCAGAGGAUGACAAAGAGGGUCCAAGAAUGCUAGAUGAUGAUAAUUUCAUAGAUGAUACCGGUGUUGAUCCAGCUGAUCGAUAUGCAAGCGACCAUGGAGGUUAUUCUCCCAGCCGUGCUCCUCAGGCUGAGGAGGGUGAAGAAGAUGAUGAAAUCAAGGACAUGUUCAAGAUGGGUAAGAAGAAGAAGAAGACUGAGAAAAGUGCUGCAGAGAUUGCAUUACUUGUUGAAAAUGUGAUGGCUGAACUUGAAGUUGUAGCAGAAGAAGAUGCAGAACUAAACAGACAAUCAAAACCAGCUAUUAAUAAACUCAGAAAGUUGCCACUUCUAACUGAAGUACUAUCUAAGAAGCAACUUCAAUUAGAGUUUCUAGAUCAUGGAGUUCUAACUCUUUUGAAAAAUUGGCUUGAACCCCUUCCGGAUGGAAGCUUGCCCAAUAUAAACAUUCGUGCAGAAAUAUUGAAGAUCCUAACCGAGUUCCCCAUUGAUUUAGAUCAAUAUGAUAGAAGAGAGCAAUUAAAGAAAAGUGGGCUUGGAAAGGUUAUUAUGUUCUUGUCAAAAUCUGAUGAAGAGACCACAUCCAAUAGAAAGCUUGCGAAAGACUUGGUUGACAAAUGGAGUCGACCAAUAUUUAAUAAGAGCACAAGAUUUGAGGACAUGCGAAACUAUGAAGAUGAGAGAAUGCCACCCAUGCGUCGACCAACAAUGAAAAAGCCUAUGAAUAAAGCUUCAGGGAUGCAUUCAAGAGAUGAUGAUCUGGAUUUGGCUGAAUAUUCUCAGGAACCAAAAUCUGGAAACUCAUCUUCUAGACUAACAUCAAGGCCUGAAGCAAUGCCACUAGAUUUUAUAAUACGCCCACAAUCAAAGAUUGAUCCUGAUGAAAUUAGAGCCCGGGCUAAACAAGUUGUGCAAGAUCAGCGUCGCCUCAAGAUGAACAAGAGGUUGCAACAGUUGAAAGCACCUAAAAAGAAACAGCUUCAAGCUACAAAGCUAAGUGUGGAGGGCCGUGGAAUGGCGGAAGUCGUGUGUGUUUGA